CAAAGUCCUCCAAAAGAAAGCAGCAAAUGAAUACACAUUACUCCAUCUUCAUGUUCUCAAAACAUCCACUUUCAUUAAGGUGUGGUACAUACAUAUAUCCAUGGCAGAAAUCGAGGUUCCUUCUGACUUUUUGUGCCCCAUUUCCCUACAAAUCAUGAGAGAUCCGGUAACGAUCUCCACCGGGAUCACAUACGACCGAGAGUGCAUCAAGAAAUGGCUCUCGUCUUGCAAAAACCAACCCCUGAUCUGUCCGGUGUCAAAGCAGGCUCUAAGCAGUGUGGAUUUGACACCCAACCAUACGUUGGGACGGGUGAUUCAAGGGUGGUGUAGUUUGCAUGAAAGGCAUGGGGUGGAGCAGAUCCCAACCCCUAAGGAUGAGAUUGAUAGAGGAGAUGCUGUUAAGUCGAUCCUUAAGGAGGCAAUGAAAAGUCCAAGAAGCUCAAGGCUUGAAUGUUUGAAGAGAUUGAAAUCAAUUGUGGCUGAGAAUGAGAGCAACAAAAUCUACUUGCAGAAUGUUGAAUCCAUGUUGUUCUUAACUUCGAUACUGUUCGAGGAUGAGGGUGAAGACGAAGAUGUCAUGGUAGAAGAAGCCAUAGAAAUCAUUACAAACAUCAACUCGCCCGCCACCAUCCUCAAAAAUCUCCUAACUCAAAACCCUCAACUCAUCGAUACUCUAAUCUCCAUCAUCACUUCAACCAAAUCCCCUAAAUCCCGAGCUUCCACCAUAGCCUUCCUAUGCUCCCUCUACACCAUUUCCGACCAAACCCACAAAACGUUCACAAAAGAUAUCCUCUUCAUUCAGCUCACAAGAGCCUUAAUGGAUCAAAUUUCCACAAAACCCGCCCUCCAAAUCCUCCUCCGCUUGGCCCCAUUUGGCCGGAACCGCAUAAAGGCCAUAAAAAAUGGUGUCGUUUUCCAUGUUGUCGAGUUGCUUCUCAACUCCUCUAAUGGAAGAGAAUGCGAGCUGGCAAUGGCGGUUCUGGAUCGGCUUUGUGAAUGUGCCGAAGGCCGGGCAGAGCUGCUUCAACAUGGGGGAGGGAUGGCUGUGUUCGGGAGAAAGAUUCUUAGAGUGUCGAAUUUGGGCAAUGAGAAGGCAGUGAGGAUUUUGUAUAAUGUUUGCAAGAACAAUGUUGGGAAUUGUGGUGUUGCUGAGGAAAUGGUGGAGGUUGGGGUUGUAGCAAAGCUUUGUUUGAUGCUUCAGGUUGGUGGAAAUUUGAAGACUAGAGAAAGAGUUAAGGAGAUACUUCAUCUACUUCAAUGUGUUUCCAGGGGUACUAAGUGUGUUGUUGUUCCUUCCGGGUUUGAUCGAUUUUAGUUCAUGUACUUUUCUUUUGUUCUUCGAUUGAAUUUGUUGAUUGUAUUUAUAUUUUGAAUACUCCUUUUUGUACAUGUGAAUGAAAAAAAUAUUAUCCAAUAAAAUCAUCACCAUAUUGUUAAUUGUUGUCU